CUGCAGCUGGAUAAAUUGGAGUAUGGGGGCUUGGGUCCUUGGGUCCAACUUGCGAUGGUCCUAACCCGCCCCAGGAUCCCUUGCGGCACCCUGAACUCGGCAACCACGGUCGCCACAAUAUUGUAACGAGUGGUUGUCAGUAUAUUGUAGUUCAUUUAGUAUAGUUAGUAUAUUUUAUAGACAGUUUCACAUAACUUCGUGCUGCUAUGGACGAGGUGACUGGAGCUCAGUUAAUAGCAGAAGCUCUUAAAGCUCAGAAAGUGGAAUACAUGUUCGGCAUCGUCGGGGUCCCAGUGAUCGAAGUAGCCAUGGCUGCUCAGGCUGAAGGGAUCCGGUACCUGGGGAUGAGGAACGAGCAGGCAGUAAGACAAACAGGCUCCCAUCGUGCUUGCUAUGCUGCAUCUGCUAUUGGAUACCUCACUGGACGGCCUGGUGCCUGCCUGGUGGUGUCGGGCCCUGGACUCAUCCAUGCUCUUGGUGGAAUGGCCAAUGCUAACAGUAACUGCUGGCCAGUAGUUGUCAUAGGUGGCUCUUCAGAUCAAAACCAAGAAACAUCUGGGGCCUUUCAAGAGUUUCCUCAGGUUGAAGCUUGUCGCCUGUACAGUAAGUUCUCUGCCAGACCGAGCAGUCUGGAAGCCAUUCCUUCAAUCAUCGAGAAGGCAGUUCGCACCAGUAUGUUCGGCCGUCCAGGGGCCUGUUAUGUAGACAUCCCAGGAGAUAUGGUCAACGCUAAAGUUGAAAGAAAGGAUGUCAGGGUUGUGUCAUGCUGCCCUCCUCCCCCUGUCAGCCUGGCUUCCCCCGGGGCCAUCAUAGACGCCCUGUCUGUCCUCAGAGCCGCUAAAAGGCCCCUGGUGGUCAUCGGCAAAGGAGCAGCCUAUGGGCGUGCAGAGGCCUCUCUGAGGGACCUGGUGGAGGUUGGUGGGCUUCCCUUCCUUCCCACACCCAUGGGGAAAGGGGUGCUGCCCGACGAGCACCCUAACUGUGUGGCUGCUGCACGAUCCAGGGCCCUGCUCCACGCUGAUGUCAUCCUGCUGUUCGGAGCCAGACUCAACUGGAUCCUGCACUUUGGCCUACCACCUAGGUUCAACCCUCAUGUGAAAAUCAUCCAGGUUGACCUUUGUGCCGAGGAGAUGGGGAAUAAUGUGAGGCCCGCCGCUGCUCUGCUUGGUGACGUCAACGGCAUCGUCACUCAGCUACUGGAGCAGAUCACGAAAGAGGGCUGGAAGUAUCCAUCCAACACGGAGUGGUGGAGCAGCCUGAAGGAGAAGAUGGCUGCCAAUGCAAAAACAUCACAGGCUCUGGCUCUUCAGGCGGUGGAGCCCAUGAACUACUACACACUGUUCCACCACAUGGCCCAGCUGCUGCCACCUGACUGCAUCAUCGUCAGCGAGGGCGCCAACACCAUGGACAUAGGACGCACCAUGCUGCCCAACUCUCUGCCUCGACACAGGCUGGAUGCUGGCACCUUUGGUACAAUGGGAGUCGGUCUUGGAUUUGCCAUGGCAGCCGCAGCUCUGGAGCGGGGCCAGGGCACAGGCCAGAGGGUGGUGUGUGUCGAGGGGGACAGCGCCUUUGGGUUCUCCGGCAUGGAGGUGGAGACCAUGUGCAGGUAUAAGCUGGCUGUUGUGAUUAUCGUGGUUAACAACAACGGGAUCUACAGCGGUGUCGACCCUGAGACAUGGAGUGAGAUGGCCAAGAUGGGAGAUCUGACCACCAUAGCCCCUCCCGUGACCCUGCUCCCAGAGGCGCGUUAUGAUGAGGUCAUGAGAGCUUUCGGGGGCCAGGGGUUCCUCGUGCGGACGGUGGAGGAGCUGCACAGCGCUCUGCAGGCCAGUCUGAGUUACUGGGAGGGGCCCAGUCUGAUCAACGUCCUGAUCGACCCAGCCUCGGACAGGAAGCAACAGGAGUUCCCCUGGCUCACCCGCUCCCACCUCUGACACCCUCUCAUCACCGGUUUUGGGACUAAUUCUUUGAUUGCUUGUAAGAAAUCGACAAAUUCCUGCAACACACUAGUAAUAGAGAACUAUAUAAAUUGAUAAUUUCAUAAUAAAAGUCUGUCUGUCU